UUUAGUCAAUGUAAUAACAUGAUUAAGUUUCAGUGAGAUCUUUCUCUCCGCCUCUCAUUGCGCAACUUUUGGAGAGGAAGCUUCCCAAACCUCAGAGGAUAUUGCAAAACCUGCUUUUCCUGUGGAUAUGGAGAAGUGGCACGACAGAUCUGACACACACACACACAGACGGGUUCGGGCUCUCAUGGACACGUGAAGCUGUCUCUUAAAGCUGUCUCUAGUGCACAUGACUGGAGUAUAAAGCGCGUUUACUGAGGGAAUCUUGUUGUCUCGGGAAGAAGGACUGUAGAUAUGGGUCGGUUGUCCCUCGUUUUUCUGGCCGCUUUACUUCGGGCAACCGAAUGUGGCGUAAUAUCAAAUAAGGACCCUUUAGUUUCAGAGUCCUGCAGGGACUUCGGCCUGGCGUUCGAGCGCAUGUUUGCGGUGCGCGGGGAGUCUCCGCUGCUGGAGUGUCCGCUGCACAUCCAGGCUCUGUUCGAUCCCGCGGAAACGCCGUAUAACGUGACGUGGUUGGAGGAGAGAACGGGCUCGCAGAUCACCGGCGGGCCGAACGUCUCGCUCGCUGGAACAUCUCUGUGGUUCCCCAACGUCAGCCGGCAGAGCCAGGGCACGUACGUGUGUGUGCUCAGGACUCAGACUCAGUGCUAUAGACAGUCUCAUUAUAAACGCCCGUGUGUCGUCCUCAGGACUCAGACUCAGUGCUAUAGACAGUCUCAUUAUAAACGCUCGUGUGUCGUCCUCAGGACUCAGAGUCAGUGCUAUAGACAGGCCGCAGUGCUGGUGGUGAGCGAGAUGACGUCUGGAGACUGUGAGCGGCCGGUGAGGGGACUUCAGUGGAUCAGUGCCGGUGUGAACGAUGUCCUCGCCUGUCCUCUGAAGAGAUACGCCAGGAGUGUGGAUCAUCCCUCCAUCCAGUGGUACAAGAGCUGUGAACCUCUUCAAGUAGAUGAGAAGUUUACUCCAAACGAAGAACUUCUUCGCAUACACAAAGUGCAUCUCGAUGAUGCUGGAUUGUACACCUGCAAAAUGACCUUUAGUUUAGGUGGAGUCGUCGGUGAAAUGGCUGAAUCUGUGGAGUGUGAAGUUCACGAUGAAUAUUUAGAGAAACCAAGGUUGAUUGAGCCAGUUAAUGAGAUCAUCAAAGUUGAGAGAGGUUCAUCCUUCAGGAAGGAUUGUGUUGUUGUUGUGCCGGGAAAAGGCGUUCCCCAGGUGCCGGUGCUGUGGAAAGUUACCUCGGGAUCUGAAGAGGAAUUUAUCUCCAAAAACACAUCACAUCGCAUUUAUCAGGAAACCAUGAAUGAAAGCAGAACGGAGGAGGGUUUUGUGUUAGUGCAAACACUCUCCGUGUCAGAUGUUUGGCAGGAAGAUUUCUAUCUAAACUUCACCUGUAUGGUGAUCGGCAGCCGAGGAACCCAGAGUGGACAGUUCUCCCUCAUUCCUGCAGAUCCGAAUCUCUUCUUGCUUCUCGGGCUUGUCCUGGGGUCGGUGGCGCUGCUUUUCGUGACGGGAGUUUCUCUGUGCACCGUAUUCAAGGUGGAACUGGCCUUGUGGGUCCGGACUGUGUUUCCAUUCCUCUACAAAACCACAGAUGGAGAUGGUAAGCAGUAUGACGCCUACAUUGCCUACCCGAGAGUCCUUGAUGGCUCGAGUGAAAAGGCUGAGGUGUUUGCCAUGAGCACUUUGCCGCAGGUCUUGGAGGGCCGGUACGGUUAUAAGCUCUUCAUCCUGGGCCGGGACGGUCUACCUGGAGAAGCGGUGGUGGAUGUGGUCGAGGAGGCUCUGACCCGCUGCCGUCGACUUCUUCUCCUCUACACCUCCACGUCUCUCUGCAGUCCCGAGGCGCUGGAGUGGGCCGAGCAGCAGACGGGUCUGCACCGAGGGCUCGUGGAGAACACCGUGAGCAUCGUGCUCCUGGAGCUGGAGGAGAUCCGAGAGCCCGACCGCCUGCCUCACUCCGUCAGACUCCUCAAGGAGAAACAGGGAGCGUUACAAGCCUGGAAGAGAAGGAAGAGGUGGAUGUGCUGCGACUGGAAGACGGAGAAGCGCUCGACCUCUCUCGACCCCUCGGCUCGCUUCUGGAGGGAGGUGCGCUACCACAUGCCUGUCAGAGGAAAAGCCAAAAACAGGAAUUGGUUUAGUUUCUAGCUUGAAGUGAUGCAGUCAGCAAUCUGGAGGUGAAAAGCUUUAGCUAUGUGUGGGUUUUUCUUAAAAAGAUCUUAAAGAAAGAGUCUUUAUUUGUACAUUUAUGAGCCAACCAUAAUGUAAUAGAAAGAAUGACAGCUUGACUGUCCACCACGGUUGCCUCCAUCGGCCUGCCGGCUCUAUUGUGCAUGGAGGAGUCGGGUCCGAACUGGUGUGAAAAUUAACAAAGUGUGACGUCAUGCGCGUUCUCGUCUGCUUGAGCUUCAGUAAUCGCUAGCAGUAGUGUUUCAAAUGGACUCUGCGGCCAGCCUCCUCCGGCACAAUCCAGAGACCCACGGGAACGAGCCGGAGACGGCUGCAGUUUCUCUAACGGCCACUGGCGUCAGUAACGGCUCGACAUUUCAGAACUUCCGCAAUGCUCCAGCCUUUAUUCCAGAGGUUGUUUUUUUAAUUUUAGUAAAGAAAUAUAAACAGAUAAGCCAAACAUGUCUUUUCUCUUUAUUUUCGGAGACAAGCAGAGUCUCAGAGUCUAAUGUAUUUUGACUAGACGUGUAUUUUUGUUUUAGAGAGGUUCAUUUUUUUAGAUUUUUUUCUUCUUCUGGAGCCCAGUGGUUUCUCUGAAAACAACCUAAAAAUAUCCCCCACAGACCUCUAGAUGGGAAGCACCAGAGAUCUGCCCUAGUCUGAAACCAGACCACAGUGUUUUCAGAGAACUAAGAGAUCUUGCACACCAUUCAUUCUAUGGACACAAAAUACAAAGCUGUAAAUACUAUGUCAGAUGUAAAAUAUAAAGAAAAUACAGAAAUGAUGUAUAUAAAAACCAAAAGAUUGUAUGUUUUUUGCUGCACACGUACUGUGCUCUUGUGUUCAUGCUGUGAUUGGAUUCACAAUCUGUGAUAUAUUUCUUGCUUAAUGUGUUCUAUUUUACUUUUAUGAUUUUUACUCCAAAUAUUUUUACUUUUUUUAUUUACUGUAUGAAUAUUCAUAUUUAAUAUGAAUAUUCAAUUCAGAUUUAUUUGUAUAGCUCUAUACAAAGUACAAUAGAGGCCAUAUUACAAUUUACAGUGAUCUGUGAUCAGAGGAAACCAUGUUAUGCGUUUCAGAAAUGUGCAUAUCACAGUUAGUUAAAUAUGUAUCAAUUUAAAAAUGUAAUAAUUUAAGGCGGAAACAAUGAGCUCAUUGAAGUAAUGAAUACUUGUUUGUUAACAAUUGAUGAUGACAUUAAGAAAACUUGUAGCAAUACGCAUAGAUUUUUUUAAGUGCCCCAUGAUGCUCUUUGGGAUAUCACCUUUCAUAUAGUGAGUAAUAAAGAUGUUAGUAAAUGUAAAA